AUGGGAGGAAGAAGAAGAAGAAGAAACUCUGAAAAUCGACCUAGGCGGUGCCUAGGCGCUAGGCAGCCGCCUAGGCUGCUCCUAGGUGCUAGGCGGCUGCUGCUGGGCUCAACUUAUUUCAAGGGCGCGCAAGAGGAGAUUAUGGAGGCAGAGAAAGAUGAGAGACGACGGAGUGGAAUUAGAGAUACAAAUUUGGGUUCUGUUGACUUGUUUGAUUUGAAUAAGGCUGUGUUGGAGUUUGAUGAUACUUAUGCUUAUGGAUACAAGCAAAGGUUUUUUGGAAGAAGCUGCGCUGCUGCGCGAGGAGGAAGAAGAGAGCGAACGCAUGUUUAG